CCCAGAGACAGUUGUAGAUCAAAAUCGAUGAUAACGAUGGGUUACGUUGGACUCAAAAGUUUGGGCAUAGGGCUACCUUUCCAGUCGGCGGCAGGGCGAUGGGGAUGGGAUCGCUAUUACCAUACAAAUAUCUGGUCGAGGUCUAUUACGCACCAUCUAUUGGAUGUCAAGAACACGCUAGACGACUGGGUUCAAUUUCGGAAGGAGGUUCCUGCUGGCGACCUCAAGAGGAUCCUGCGCACGCUUCGUAAGCGUGGCCAUAUCUCUCAAGCUCUAAAGGUUUUUGAAUGGAUGAGGAAGAAACGUAUUUAUAAAUUCUCAGCCAGGGAGCAUGCUCUUCAGAUCAACUUGAUUAGUAGAGUUCAUGGAUGUUCUGCCGCGGAGCGCUAUGUCAGGAACUUGCCAGAACAAGCAAGAAAUGACAAGACAUAUGGAGAACUCCUUCAUUGUUAUGUGCGUGAACACAAGACAGAUAAGGCUUUAUAUCAUUUUCAGAAGAUGAAAGAGCUGGGUUUUGUGUUAUCGCCUCGCCCUUUUAAUGGAAUCAUGCAUCUUUACGCCAAAAGUCUCCAAACUGAUAAGGUCCUUGGGGUGUUAGCCGAGCUGAAGAAGAACAGCAAGGUUUCACCUGAUAAUGAUAGUUACAGAAUCUGCAUUAGUUCAUUUGGGUUAAAAUAUGAUUUGGAUGGGAUGGAGAGAGUGUUGAAAGAAAUGGAGACUCAACCCCACAUUGUCAUGGACUGGUGUACUUAUGCCGUGGUAGCUGAGUUUUAUGAAAGAGAAUUCUUUGUAGAUAAGGCCACCGAUGCUCUUAAAAAGGCGAAGAUGAUAUUACAAAAGAAGAAUCAUAGACGAAGCCACAAUUUGAUAAAUAGUGAUUAUGAGAAUGUGAUAAAGUCACUUGUGAAGCUUGGCGAGUUAGAUGAAGCUGUGAAGUUUCUCAAGGAGUGGGAUUUACUUGGUAAUUGGCACUGUGCGGAUGAUAUUAGCAUUCCGCACACAAUCAUUAGCGAGUACAUCAAAAAUGGUACAUUACGAAAGGCAUCUUAUAGAAUCAGUGUCUGGGACUUUAAGAGGAAGCCCGGCGUCGACAAACUUUCACGUUUACUUUGCAACGAAUACCUUAGAGUGGGUGAUUUGUUUAGAGCAUAUCACUACUUUCACUUGCAGGGUUAUGGGGUUACUUCUCUAGCGGUUCAGAGGUCGUUUCUCCAAUACCUAGAACAACGUGGAUCAUUUUUCUCUUUAUGCUGCAGUGGAUCAAUGUGCACCAGAUCACUUAAAAAUGCUGCGGGCAGAACAUUCUUAGAAUUUGUUCCAAUCAAUGUGAAAUACAAAUUCAGAGUCAUUUUACUGGUUCAUCCGGAGAACUCAACCCUAGCAAUAAAUAUAAAUUAUGAGAAUAUUAUAAAGUCCCUGGUGGAGUCUGGGGAGUUAAAUGAGGCGACGAAGAUGGCGAAAGAGUGGGAAACAUGUGGCAACUUCACUAGUCUCGAUGGUUUAAACAUCUCUAUGUUGAUCAUUGAGGGAUAUUGUAAAAAGUCUUUGUUUAUGGAAGCAGAGGCAUUGGCUGAGGCUUGGACAAGAGAGAAAAAGUGUUGGGUUGGAGGGAUUUGGUUGAUACUUGCUUGUCAUUACCAGGAACAUGGUAAAUUGGUUGGAGGAUUGGAGUGGAUGAGAAGAUAUUUUGAUUUAACGCCGGGUCUCAAAGGGCAAUACUGUUACAUGUUUGAGAUGUUUGUGCAUAUGAUUAAAUAUUCAAGAGGCAUGAGUGCAGCAGGGCACCUUGGGUGUUGCAAGGAUUUGUUCUCUAGCUUGAAUGAUAAAAUUUGUCCCCUACCAAAGAGAAGCGUUGGCGGGUCUAGUAAAUGAGGACACGUGAUGAUACAGAAACCUAAAAUAGUGUUUUUUUAAUCUCAAAAUAGUAUUUUUUGUGUCUUGGUGUUUAUUAACUUAUUCUUGAAAAACAGUUCUUAAGAGGGUCGCCAACUAAAUUGGAUGGUCCAAU